AUGCCCCGGAAGAAUAAAACCGCAGCCUCUAUUGCAGAAAAUCGCGAAGCUCAGCGCAGGUCCAGAGCCCGGCGGCAAGAACUGAUUGCAGAUCUACAGAGUCGAUUAGAAGAGUACGAACGGAUGGGCGUAGCGGCCUCUAUAGAGAUGCAACGCGUUGCUCAGGCCGUCAACGUCCAGAACCAACGCCUAAAGAACUUGCUUGGCGUGUACGGGGUCUCGGAAGAUGAAAUUGAGCAAUAUCUAUCCUCCCCCGAGGAAGACCAUCGGGCAUUGAAUGCUCGACACCGAUGCAACACAUGUGGACGUUUAUUGCAAACAAGAGACAUUUCGACGGAUGAUCCGUCCCAGAGCUCCUUUGGGUCUGCAUUAAGCAUGGCUGGAGACGCGGUGCCGAUCUUCGCGUCGGUGUUGUCAAGUCCUACCCUGCCGACGCCUGGCCGAAAACAACCGUCAUCUACCGAGCCACAGAUCGAAUCGAUACAACCCCGAGAAGAAAAUGAAAGAGUCUUCAUGCUUCAAAUAGAGGAACAAGGAUUUCACCAUCAAAUGCAUGCGGCAAACAGGCUUGACAACACAACUGCCGACAGUUCCUCAACCCCAACUGGCAUGCUCUCUCUGCUCUCUGACUCUUUCGAUUCAUCAAAUUCCAUCAUCCAUUCUUCUAACCAUUCGGAGCCGCUAGAAACCUCGUGCGACAAAGCGGCAGAAAUACUUGUUGAACUUCACAACCAUACAGAUCCAUCGUGGGCUCGUUUGGCCCUGGGGUGUUAUGGAGAUAACAGCUGCUCUGUCAAGAACACCAAAAUCUUUCAGCUCAUGGAUCAUAUCCAUUAG